AUGUGUGUCGGUUGCACAGGUGUAUCAGUGGUGUACGGCAAGCUGUGGCAGGAGCAACGCGCCUUCGUGAUGCGUCAGCUGCGCUCACUGGGCUUCAGUGGAGCUGCCAUGCAGGCUCAGGUGGGGAAGGAGGUGCGUGCCCUGCUGGACAUACUGAACAACAGCCGUGGAAGGCCAACACAGCUCAAGAAGGUAAUGGCGCCCUCCAUGCUCAACGUCAUCCUCCAAUUCUGUGCUGGAUACCGCCUCCCACACGGUGACCAGCACCUGCAGACGCUGCUUGACCUCAUUCACGCGCGUUCUCUCGCCUUCGAAAUGGCUGGAGGUAAACUCAGCGCCAUGCCAUGGUUGCGUUUCAUGCAGCCUGAGGCAUCGGGUUACAAUGCAAUCACAAAGUUCAAUGAGAUGGCGUGGACCUAUCUUUUGAUGAUUGGCAACCAUAAAUCAUUAUCAGAAGAAGAAAUAUUGCUGCGUCUUGAAGGUGAUUUAUCUGAUUUGGACCUUGAUACUUUUGAUGUGGAGGAAGAGAUUGAAAAUGCUCGGCAGCAGGACCCUACUACACUGGAUAUACAGUUUCUUCAAGGAAUGGACCUUGAUAUGGUUGAAAUUGUGGACCCGCAAGCCAAUGAUGAAGAUGAUGUUCCCUUAGCUUCAAGAUUACUUGCUGAGCCAAACCUUACACCAAGUCAUUCAGCUCAGAAAAUUCAGUGUGAUACACACCGGGAUCUUCGGUGCAGAACGAAGGACAUUGAAGAAGUGGACACAUCAUGUAAUGCAUUUUUUUCUGACCCUCCAGGAGAUGAACUGACACCUUUGUAG